GGCAGCAGGACACGGCAACAGUGCCACGUCAGCAACCAGUCACCGCAGCAGCAGGUCACGUUAGUGCAUGGUGCUCACCUGCUCAAAGACAAGCGGCAUGGAUCAGCAGCCAGGAAAGACUACCGAGGCCUAUGAGACCCGCACGCUGGACAUGGUAGCAGAGUUCAAGCGAAGGGUAGUUGCGGCAACCUUCGCACGUAAGAAGGAAGAUGAGGAAGCAGAGGAACAACGUCGCCUCGCUGAACAACAGCGACAGGAGGACGCUGAGGCAGCAAGGAAGGCCGCAGACGAACGUCGUCGACUACGCCGAGACAAAAUCCUCGAAUGCGAGGGGGACAUCGAGGUGAUCGCCGGCGAAUGGGCAUUCGCUGCUGAAGAGGAGGGUGCCCCGCCUGCUGUACGUGGCCUUGCAACCACAAUCGAACAUGUGAGCGACUUGGUCGCCACCUGUGCAGCAGAGCAAGAGGACAUCCUCUGCAUGGACACCCUGGUCCGGAAGCAGGCUCGACUUAUCGACGAACUGCUUGACCGGGUACACCGGCUGGAGCAGCAGCCUACAACAGCCACCCCCGUUGGACCCCCCAACUUGACGGACCGUGUCAACAUCUUGGAAAUUGACGUCGGGACUCUCAAGGACGGCGCUCUAGCGACAAAUCAGCGGAUUGACCAGCAGAUUUGUGCCGCCGCAGCCAGUCCGACCGCGACUACUUGCAAGAGCAUCCCAAAGUUUGACGGCCCGCCGAUCUUCUACGAUGCAGCGAAGACGGACCCGAUUCCAUGGUGGCGCUAGCAAAUUCCCUUCAGGAAAGUGAGCACCGCCAAGAGUGAUGCGGUUGCACUCUCGACGCCUUUGGAACCGGUUGCUUCGCGAGCGACCUCUCUUCAUUUCGAGGAACAUGCGGAAGUCGACAGUCCUUUCUUAUAUUCUUAUAAGGACAAUGCUGCCCGGCUCGUUCCUUCGCCGGGUUCUCAAGCUCAAGGACAAGAUGUGUGUGCGGCUUCUUCUCCGUCCGGCAACAGCGACAAUGAAUCGUCUUCAAGUGGUUCUUCAAGGGAUUCGAUGCACGAGUUCAACAUAGAGGUCUUGGACCCGUUGACGUCCGAGGAUUUUGCAUGGCUUCCUCUCCCUUCCACAGGAUGCUUGCCGGGACCGCAAUGCGCAGCAUUAUGCACCCAUCUCCACACAUACUUAGCCUUCUAUGCACCACCACCUUCGCCGACGGAUGCCGAAGCUGUGGUGGGGGACAUCCUUGCGUAUGUUAGCAAGGUGGCCCGCGGGUUUCGCAUGCAGCGGUACGAUGAUAACAACGCACCGCUCCUUCACGUCUGCAUCCAAGUUGGGCAAGUGUCCUGCAACGCUUUGCUGGAUAGCGGCGCGACUCGCAAUUUCAUCAGCCAGUCCUUUAUCCAAAGGGCCGGCUUUGGCGCACCAGUUCGAAGGAAGCCAAACCCGACGGCAAUCAAGUUGGCGGACGGUCGGACGCAACAACUCCUUGAUCGCUACAUUGAAGCUAUGCCGGUUUAUUUCGCACCUCAUGCCUGCGAACCGGUGACGUUUGACGUCUUGGACACGAACUUCGACAUCAUUUUGGGGAUGCCUUGGCUUGCAAGUGCGGAUCACACGGUUAACUUCCAUCAGUGGACACUUACUGUUCACGACGCCUUCGACGUCGAGGUGCCAUGUACCAUUCCUCUUCCGCACCCCUCGAUCCGGUGCCAAGUUGUAACGACCAAGUCUUUUCGGGCCACUUGCGCUUACGAGCGGACCGACGAGAUAGGCCUAUGUUUUCUACGAGUCAUCGCGAUGACCGAAUCUUCACCUACGGACUUGUCUUCGGACCCCCGAGUGGUGCGGUUGCUCAACGAGUUCACCGACAUCUUCGAGUCUCCUACCGGUGUGGUGCCGGAUCGGCCGAUCUCCCACGAGAUCAUUCUUGUGGCUGGUGCCGUACCACUGAAAGGAUGCAUCUAUCGCAUGAGUGUGGAAGAGCUCGCGGUUCUCCGCGCGCAACUCGAUGAUCUGUUGGACAAGGGCUGGAUCCGCCCUAGUAGCUCACCAUACGCGUUUGGGCGACGCGAAAUUCUUCUCGAAGUUGGACUUGAAGUCGGGCUAUCACCAAAUCUCAAUACGCCCGCAAGAUCGCUACAAAUCCGCGUCUUGUAUAGACAUUUUGAGUGGGUCGUUAUGCCUUUUGGCCUCACCAAUGCCCCAACGACUUUUCAAGCGGCAAUGCCCAACGAGUUUCGUGCGAUGUUGGACCGGUUCGUGCUAGUGUUGGAGACGCUCCGCCGCGCCAAGUACAAAGCCAACCGCGAGAAGUGUGAAUUUGUCCGGCAAGAGCUGGAGUACUUGGGCCAUUUUGUCACACCGGAAGGCAUUAGUCCGUUGUCGGACAAGAUCCAAGCCAUCCAAGAGUGGCUGGAGCCGAAGAACGUCAUAAAUGUCUGUUCCUUCCUUGGCUUAGCCGGCUACUAUCAACACUUCAUGAAGGGAUACUCGAAGAUCGGGACUCAGUUAUCCAAGCUUCAAUGCGAGGACCGGCCAUUCGACUUCGACGACAAUGCGCAGACUUCCUUUUUGGCCCUCAAAGCUGCAUUGCUAUUCGUGGAGGUGUUGCGCAUCUACGAUCCGCUUCUGCCAACACGUGUCACUACCGAUGCGUCCGGCUAUGCCAUUUGUGCCUUCCGAUGGGUAACGGAUAACAAUCCAUUGGUCUUCUACAAGACCCAAGACACGGUCAAUAGCACCAUUGCCCGUUGGAUGGCCUUCAUCGACCAGUUUGACUUUUGCCCCGACCACAUUCCGGGCAAGUCAAACCCUUUUGCGGAUGUUCUUUCACGAAGUCCGGACCAUUGUACCGCAGUCUACUCAACUUCUGAGAUUAACGACGACUUGCGGGACAACUUCAUCCGCGGCUACCAAGUCGACCCUGAGUUUUGCGACAAGUACGCAAAUUGCUCCUCUCCCAAUCCGGUGCCAUUGCACUAUCGGAUCCACGAGGGGUACUUGUUCGUCCACUCGCGAGGGAAGGAUCUUCUUUAUGUGCCGCGAGAUUUACACUUGCGCACACGGCUUCUUAGCGAGUUCCACGACACUCCCGCCACCGGACACUUUGGAGUCAAUCGUACGAUUGGCCGACUCCAUGAGUGUUUUUGGUGGCCCGAUCUUCUCGACGACGUCACACGCUAUUGCGAGUCAUGCGAGGUUUGCCGACGUUGCAAAUCCUGCGAUCAUCGCCCGUACGGCGAGUUGCGACCAUUACCAGUCCCCUUGCGCCGAAGAGAAGCAAUUGCCAUGGACAUUACCAGGCCAUUCCACAAGCACAAGAUUGGUGUGGAUGGGAUUCUCACGGUGGUCGACCGACUCACCAAGUUUGCCAUGUUUUUGCCUUGCCGCUAUCAUGCCAAGGCACCAGAGUUGGCCGAGGUUCUUUACGCCGAUUGGAUUCGAACCAAGGGUUACCCCAAGGAAACCGUAUGCGACCGCGACACUCGGUUCAUGUCCAAUUUUUGGUUGGUGCUCAUCUCUCAAGCCAAGUUCGGCUCGCCACCCCCAAACCGAUGGCCAAACGGAGAGGGCGCAUCAGACCGCACAGGUUCUCCUUCGCACUCUCAUCCGUCCCGACCAAAAGGAUUGGGUUAAGCGGCUGCCAGAUGUCGAGUUGACAUACAACUCAUCCAUCCACCUGGCUAUCGAGAUGUCGCCCUUCGAG